AUGCGUUUCGCUGCCAUUGCCGGAUUGUUCCUCGUCGUCGCCGCCACCUUCGCUGAGGCUGGUCGCCAGUGCUCCAACGGAGCUCCCGGAUGCAACGCCUGUGUCUGCAACCAGUGGGCCGAUACCAAGUCGUGCUGCGGUAACGGUGCAUUCAACAACGGCAACGGAAACUGCGAGGGUCUCAAGCACUCGAGCGUUGACUCCUUCAAGAGCUGCUGCAACGACAUCCGCGGGUUUGGACGCUGCUGGUCCAAGUCGGUGUCGCUUUAG